UUAUACACAUAUAACAGUGACUACAGAUACAGACUGUAUGUAGUCACUGUAUUUAUAAUAUAGUGAAAAUUAGCGGUAUUUGUGAUUAAUUUUUAUAGAAACAUUGCGUUUUAUAAUACAAAACCUAUGUAUAUUGUAUAUAUAUACCAAAUAUUUCCUUAAAAAAGGAGUAAAACAGUAAAAGGAGCUAAUAUUAUUUGUGGUUCAUAAUUUAUUACAUAAAACCUGUUGCACUGUGAUGAAAAUGACUACAGAGGAAGACUGGGACGUAGAACGGUUAAAGGCAGAACACGAAUCUGAUGAACAUUGGGAACUUAGACGUAAAUCUUUAGCUCAUAAAGAUAAAUUCCCAGAAGAUGAACUUGUUUGUUUGGCUCAAGUAUUUACUAACGUCGAAUUGCUUGGCUGCAGAUAUCCAAAAGAGACAAUGCAAUUAAUAGCAGAAUUAGCUAAAGAUAUUGUUGGAGAUUAUAGAGAAAAACAAAAGACUAAGUUACAAAGAACAUUUGUGAAAGCUUCAGAUGCUGCUAGUUCAAAGGUUAAAGGACUGAAUGCCCGUUCGUCUACCAAUAAAGUUAAUACAGAAGCAGAAUUAGAAAGUACAAGCUCCACUGUUGAAUUUACAACUAGCAAAGUACCCGUUAAACGAAUAAAAUUACAAGAACCACCAUUUGGUGAUAUUGUAUUGGUAGAGAGACCUAAGGACGUACCACAGAAUAUAAUUGCUUGUGCAAUUAAUGCCUCGGGCAAUGAUUUAGAAUGGAAAUUUAAUAAAAUCAGUAACUUUUUUAAAUGCACUAUUUUUAUCAACUCAAGCAUUGCAGAAGCUUCUAAUUGUAAUCAGAAAAUGGCAAAGAAAGAAGCAGCUAUUAUUGGAUUACAAGAACUAAAAAAAUAUUAUUAUACAAUUAAGAUUAAGCAAAAUAUAAAUGAAGAUUCCAAUGUAACUACAACAACAAUGGUAAAAGGAACAGUAACAGAGGAGUCAAUUUCUGAUGAUAAUAUUGGAAAGAAAUUAAUGAAAUUAAUGGGUUACGGUGGAGGUCUCGGUAAAUCGCAACAGGGAAUCGUGGAACCUAUCACUGUUAAGCAACAGAUCAGCAGAGAAGGACUAGGACUAAAGUCAAAUUCUUCCUCACUGAAUCACGUAAAAUAUAAAUCUAGACACAUUAUGAAAAAGUAUCUGGCAGGUGACAUGAGAACUGAUUUGGUAUUCUCUACAUUUACAAAUGAAGAGAGAGCUGCAAUCCAUGUGAUAGCAAGACAGUUGGGUUUGAAAUCACACAGUUAUGGUCCUAAAGAUCAACGAACAUUGGUAAUAUCUCGUAAAAUAGAUGUACGAAAUUUGGUGGACGAAUUAAAAAGUCUUGGAGGGAUUACCAGCAAAUACGAAUUGAUCGAACCAACUGAAAUGUAAAUGAAAAAAUAUACCUAUUUUCUGUA